UACACACGCUCACCGCGUCUUUGCCUGUGGGCCAUUUGAGACAGAAAGGGCGAGAGCGAGAGACAGGAAGAGAGAGAGAGAGAGAGAGAGAGAGAGAGAGAGAGCUAUGAAAUUCUUUGGAGGAGCUUUGGCGGCUGGCUUGGUCGCUCUCGGCAGCGCGAACGCGGACCAUCGAUGCAAGGACGCUCCUAAAGACUAUGAUGCUGCGCUGCUGCAUGUGAGCCGGUCGGACUGGAACGGACGGCGUGUGUCGGGGUACCCGGUGUCUUUCGAGAUCUCAGGCGUAGCCGAAUCCUCCGCCAAGCCUUUCAUCGACGCCGGCGACUUCGUUCUCCACGUUGAGGUAACGGGGGAGACGGUUUUCCGCAUGGCGGGUACCCCGACGGAUGCCACGUCGCCGGGCGGCUUGACUAUGGUUUAUUCCAGGGAAGCCGGCCGCGCGGAGUUCGAGCUAGACCUGUGCACGGACGUAGCAGGAGUCCGCUGCCCACUGCAGGCUGGAGACCGGUUCAGCGGCGUCGCCACCUGGAACGCCUUCGUGUUGCCGGAGCGUGGCGAUGAGAAUGCGGUGGAGAGCUUGACGACCACGGUUAUCACUGCCGUUCAGCCCGACGGCCCUGCAUGCGGCCAGUUCUUCACCUUCCAUGACGUCGCCGGGAAGGAAGACGCAUCCGCUACCCUGCUAGAAGACCACUUGUCCGAGCUGGUCGAAAGCGAUGAAUCGUCCAGGGGCCCCGCCGCAUCAUCGUGGUCGAGGGGGUACUCGUCUCGGUUCGAGGGCUUCUCCUGGAAAGACGCCAGGCGGAUUGCUGGAGGCACGGUGAUGCGAGGCCAGGUUGGCUUCGAGGAGCUGCCACGGAGGAGGUACACCAAGGAGAUCGCACCUGCCGUGCCCGGCCGGCGCCGCCUUACGCCCGUGGCGCAAUCUAGCAGCGACGAGGACAUCCCCGCGAACUUCGACGCUCGCGAAGCUUUCCCGGAGUGCGCCUCGAUCAUCGGCCGCGUGAGGGAUCAGAGCGACUGCGGCAGCUGCUGGGCCUUCGCUUCCACUGAGGCGUUUAACGACAGGCGCUGCAUCGCCGGCAUCGGCAAAGAGGACGCCGCUGGUGCCGAAGGCGAAGCGACCGCGGACCAGCUUCUUGUCCUCAGCGCCGAAGACACCACGGCCUGCUGCCACGGGUUCCACUGCGGAUUGAGCAUGGGAUGCAACGGCGGCCAGCCGGGGUCUGCCUGGAAGUGGUUCACGAAGACCGGUGUCGUUACCGGUGGCGAUUACGCCGACAUCGGCACUGGAACAACGUGCAAGCCGUACGAGUUCAUGCCGUGCGCGCACCACGUGGACCCCGGAGCGUCGGGCUACCCCGCCUGCCCUGACGGCGAGUACCCCACUCCCGAGUGCCUGUCGGAGUGCUCCGAGACCAACUUCAGCGGGGGAAGCUACGGCGAGGACAAGAAGAUGGCGAGGGAGGCGUACUCGCUGGCGGGCAUCGAGAACAUCCAGCGCGACAUGAUGAAGUACGGCUCCGUGACGGCCGCGUUUUCAGUAUUCUCGGACUUCCUCACCUACUCUGGGGGCGUCUACACCCACGAGUCCGGUUCGUUCAUGGGGGGGCACGCGGUGAAGAUGAUCGGUUGGGGCACGGACGAGGUGAGCGGGGAAGACUACUGGCUCAUCGCCAACUCCUGGAACCCGUCGUGGGGGGAGGGUGGUCUCUUCCGUAUCCUUCGCGGCGUCAACGAGUGCGGCAUCGAGGGCCAGAUCGUGGCCGGCGAGGUGUAACUGUAAAAAGCGUGCAGACAGCGUUUCGGUCGAAGUCCUCGAUGCCUUCCGCAUAUGAGUACCGCCUCUCAUAAUGUUGAGUUUUUUCCGGCAUGCAGCGUUGUGGAAAUCAGUCAUGUUCGUCCACCUUUGUGAUUGUUAUCCAGCGAUCUGUGAUGGGCUUGGUUUAUUGUUUAUUGGUAAUGCCCCCGGAUGUUGCGGCGAAGACUGAUGGACGAACGAUGCUCUUUUUCUUCCUCGACUUGGAUUGGUUCGGAUCGCUAUUCGUUCUGUGUUGACUUUACGGUCGUGCGUUGGCGUAGAUUUGUAAUAUAAUAGCAGGAUGGCGCGCUCCGUGUUGGAAUCGCUGACCAGUCGCGAAGGAGACGCCGACGAUUUUGGUUCAUCGGCUGCCCCCUUGCGCGGUGUCCCUGUUGCUCUCACGUGUUGGAUUUUGACGGGGGGGGGGGG